CUCCCGCUUUCACUACAAUGCUACAAUUCUAGAAGAAUUUUAUUCCUUUAGAAGACACCUCCAGACUCUUCACAGAAGAAACGUACUUCUUUUGAGCAUUCUUUCACAUUUAACAUUUUCAAACAUCCAGGGGGGCUGUAUUCAACUUUUUCCAAUUCUCUGUUUCAUAUUUUUGAGCUUUCAAAAGAAUCCAGUGUACUUCAAGUCGAGGAAUUGAAAUCUAACUCCUUAAGACUACAAAUCCUUUAAUAGUUAUUAUACGCGCUCGGGGAUUGUAUAGCUAUGGACGGGAAGAGAUAUUGGGGUUAUGUCAAUGCAAGCUUCUCUUUUUAUUAGCCCAGACUUGAUUUUGAGCAUUGCGCAGGAUUUGUACAAGAGUCGGUUGCACCGUCCCUGUUGUUUUCUGUAUUCCCGCAUUCUGAACGUUACCGAUGAGUAAGGAAGGAGUUAUCGCUGAUGUUGGAAGAGCAGCAGAGGCAGUUUCCGCUGAUGAAGAAGCAGCCAAUCCACUUCACCAAAUCGAGAGUCUCUGCAUGAGAUGUCGAGAAAAUGGUACAACACGAUUGCUUCUUACACAAAUCCCACAUUUCAGGGAGGUGGUCUUGAUGGCUUUUGAGUGCCCGCACUGUGGGGAAAAGAACAAUGAAGUUCAGUUUGCUGGCCAAUUGCAGCCUCAUGGAUGUGUGUACACAUUAAAUGUUCCAGAGGAUGCUUUAGAGGUAUUGAACCGGCAAGUUGUAAAAUCAGAUUCUGCUUCUAUAAAGGUUCCAGAAUUAGACUUUGAAGUACCCCCAGAAGCACAACGUGGAACACUAUCAACUGUUGAGGGGGUCCUUCUUAGAGCUGCAGAUGAACUUCAAGCACUUCAGGAAGAGCGUAGGAAAAUAGAUCCGAAGACAGCAGAAGCAUUGGAUCACUUCCUAGUAAACUUGAAUUUAUGUGCAACAGGAAAGAAACCCUUCACGUUCAUAGUUGAUGAUCCGGCUGGAAACAGUUUCAUUGAGAACCCAUUUGCUCCAUCUCCAGAUCCAUUACUUUCUGUAAAUUUCUAUAACCGUACUUCUGAGCAACAAGAAGCUCUAGGAUUUCUACCCGAUAAUGAGCAAGUAGCUGCUGAAAAAUCUAUGGACCAGACUUCCCCUACUAGCAAGGAAAGAAUUAGAUAUGUACCUGCAGGAACAAGAAGAGAACCACAUGGUUCUGUUGGGGCACUGGCAGCGCACCGAGCUAUUGCUCAGGGUAAUAGUGAUGAGGUUGCUGCAGCGCUCUUUAAAUAUUCAACCCCUGAGGAGGUAAUGAAUUUUCCAGCAACUUGUGGAGCGUGUGCAGCAAAAUGCGAAACUCGAAUGUUUGUCACUAAUAUUCCAUACUUCAAGGAAGUGAUAAUUAUGGCUUCCACCUGUGAUUUCUGUGGUUAUCGUAACUCUGAGGUAAAGCCAGGUGGUAGCAUUCCUGAAAAGGGAAAGAAGAUUACUGCCUGUAUUUUAAAUAAGGAAGAUCUUAGUCGGGAUGUUAUAAAGUCAGAUAGUGCAAGGGUUAUUGUGCCGGAGCUAGAUUUGGAACUUGCCCCUGGCACUCUUGGUGGUCUUGUUACGACUGUUGAGGGGCUUAUCACCACAAUUAGUGAAAAUCUGAAGAGAGUGCAUGGAUUUAGUAUUGGUGACAGUGCAGAUGAAUGGAAGCGGGCAAAGUGGCAAGAUUUUGACAGACGUUUGAGAAAGAUUCUUGAAGUUGAAGAGCCUUGGACAUUAACUCUGGAUGAUGCCCUUGCAAAUUCAUUCAUUGCUCCAACAACUGAAGUUAUUGAAGAAGAUAAUCAGUUGAAGUUUGAAGAAUAUGAAAGGUCAUUCGAGCAGAAUGAGGAGUUUGGUCUAAAUGACAUGGACACAUCCUCAGCUGACAUGGCAUACAACUGACACUAUAGUAAAAUGAAGUUUUGCAGAUAAAUCGAAUGUUCUUAGAUGCUUAAUCUCUCAGUGAUGAACAAUAUAUCACUUUUUGAGAAACCCUUGAUUCUCAAAAGUGAGAUUUCUGAUAAAGGGCAUACUGCAGUGAUAUGUGGUCUCAUCUGAGAAUCCCGUUAUUUUUACUUGGAUUUUAUAAUAUUUUCUGAUAACUUAGGUGAUUGAAAGAGGGAUUGAAGCAUAUUUGGUCAUUAUAUUUUGUACCUUAUUUGAACAUGGAUCUGAACCUCCAUGUAGAAACUCUGUAUGUCAGUACUGAAAUGAAAUCUACAGCAGCCAAUUCUCACAGGAAACAGUGCCUACCAUGAUUCAAAUUUCAUUAAUGAUUAUUUGAGUUGCAUUUUA